AUGAGCACCAGCGAAGCCGGUAGCACGCCAAGCAAGAAUCGUGAAGGCCCUCCAACCUGGAAUGGUGCAGCAGAAACUUUCCAAUCUUACGAAGAAGCAGCAAGGUUGUAUGAGCAAACAACGCCCUACCAGAAGAGAUACCUGUGCGGGCCAAAGCUGCAGAAUGCAUUGGAAGGUGCUGCGCUCAGAUUGGUUGUGGGCAAGCGACCCGAUUGGUUGUCAGAUGCUGGAGGGGUCAACCGCUUGUUAGCGCAUCUGCGUCAGUGCUUGGGAAAGCCUCAGAUGCCCGAACUGACAGACCUGCUCAGUCGGUACUUUCGGAUGACCAAGCGCAAGGCUGGAGAAACCAUGAAUGGUUACAUCACACGCAAGUGUGAAGUCUAUGUCCGGUGGUGCCGAACUGGUACCAAGAUCGGCGUCCGAGCGACGCGUCCUGGUCGAGCUACACUGGCAGCGCAGGUGGAGCGGCUGGUGAAGGACUGGGAACGUGGACAGGGAUGGUGGAGCCACCAGUGGUAUCCCAACUCCUGGUCACGGGGAUACGGCAGCGACUGGCAGUGGAACUCAUGGAACAGCUCAGACUGGACCUCAGAUUCCCGACCAACAACGGACCUUUAUGCAGAGGUGGUUCCAGAGUUCAUCCAGGCAUGGCUUCUCCUUUCCGAUGCCAAUCUCGAGACGCAGGAGCGGAAUCUCAUCGUGACUGCCCUCCAAGGAGAGUUGAACCUGCAACGAGUGGCCCAAGAGCUGAGGACGCAUUUUCCUGACUCAGAAGUCCAGCGACGCGAUGGUCAGAGGCGCCAACAUGGGUACUUGGGCAGCAUCGAAGAGGAGGAGUCCGAGGAUGAGCCUGGAACUGCCGAGAGCCAGUUCCAAGCCGAGACGGAACUCACCGAGGAAGGCUUUGCAGCCUGGACAGAGGCAGAAGUCGAACGCCAGCAAGCUCUCGCUGCGGUGCAGCAUGCGAGAAGGACCUUGAAGGGUGCCAGGGAGCGACAGAAGAUGGUCAAGCUGAAUCGUCAGUACUUCAGAGGUUUUUCCAGCAGCCGGGGUUCGGACACCCGGCCAGAUGAGAAGCUUACAUGCUUGAGGUGUGGUCAGACAGGCCACAGGGCAGCGAACUGCCCAGCACCACAGCCCAAGGAGGGCAACCGCAAGGCCGAGAUGGCACCUUUCGUGUGCUACACAUCAACGCCGGAUGCCGAGCAGAGUCAGGACCAAGGACUUGAUGAUUCACCAUGUGUAUGUUUCACGUGUGGCCCAAGCUUGGAGCAGGCCCUGCAGAGUGGACAGAUGCCAGAGACCUCCAUGACGACCUCGGAGGCCCUCAACAUGGGAAAGGCUAUCAUAGACUGUGGGGCAACCAAGUCACUUGGCUCUGUGUACGCUCUGGAAAAAGUGAUGCAGCUCAGCGCCAAUGGGGUCAAUCAUGUGGAUGUGAACGAUAAACCUGUCUUUGGGUUUGGAAACUCAUCUGAAGACCGCUGCGUGAGCACUCUUCAUUUGAAUCUUCAGGCAGGGGGCCGACCUGGCCAACUGAAGAUACACGCCCUUGACAAGGGCUCUGCUCCCAUUUUAUUUUCCGUAGCAUCACUGAAAGCGCUCGUUCAGAAGUGCCAUCUACUUCAAGCUCUUGUGACUUCCCCCGUGAUCCUCAUCAUGUCCGACCUGACUCGCGAUCAGCUCAGGGCGGCCUUGAAGGCCAUGGGCGAAGAGCCGCCUAUCGCCUGGACCAAGAUGGAGCUCCGUUUUCGGUUGCAGGAGAUCACCGGCGAGGACCUCAGUCUCUCCUACAAGAAGCUGAGUCAAGGGCCACCCUCGGAGUAUCAGGAGUGGCUUCGUCAGCUGAAGCAAGCCAAGACCAAGAAGGCCACGCUCCAGAAGUUUGUGAGCGACAAGCUCAAGUUGACCAACGUGGACAACAUGACGAUCGCCCAACUGGAGAUCCAUGCUCUCCGCAAGAUCUACGAGAUUGCAAAGCCGCAUCAUUCGGAUCCGCUAGGAUUCGGGAAACACGGCUCCAAGAGUUAUCUCACUGUUCAGGAGGAGGAGCGGGGAUACUGCUCCUGGAUCAGCAAGACCGCUCGCGAAGACCCGAACGGUUGCGACCCGCGGCUGCUCAGGUUCAGUCAAUGGCUGGAGAUGUGCAACAAGGAGGAGAUGAUUCCAGAGGACAGGAGUGUCACCAAGAUCAAGGUGCCGGCUCAGGCGAUGAAGCCUCCCAAGAGGGAGGCCACGGCGGAAGACCCCGCCAGCGAGGUGGACAAGAUGAAAGAAGAACAGAAGCCCCGGAAGAAGGGCACGAAGCCUCGCGAGCCGGAGUCCGACACCUCCAGCUACCAGAUGGUGAUGCAGACCGAGGAGGAGGUCCAAGAGUUGUGUGGAGAUGCGAGUGCAGCUAGUCGUUGCAGUUGGUGGAACAAUUGUGAUUUGGCCACCGAUGCUGGUGUUCGCUUGGUCUUGAAUCGGCUGCCGAUCUUUCAGUCCCUUCAGACCAAGUACAACAUGUACCAAGCUGUCUCCAAGGGUUGCCGCGUAAAUCUACGGGAUAAGGCCGGGGUCCUCAUGCAGAAGGGACCCGAAAGGCUUCCAGAAGAGUUUGUGGUUGAGAGUGCUACAGAGGAUCUAGAGAAGGCAGCUAGGCUGAGGGCCGAAGCUGAGAAGGCGCAUGGGCAGGAGAGCACGCCAUGGACAUAUACCCGCGUCGCCGCAGAAAUUGGCGGAAACCAGUUUCAGGAUGUGUCCGGCGACAUUCCUUCAUCAACAGAAUGGUCAAGAGCUCAAGAUGUCCUUCAAGAACUCCCACCAGUGCGAUUCCGCUUCCGGGGGAAGAGGGCGCAACCGGAACCUCUGGAGAUCCCGGAAGAGGCAGAGAGCGAUGGAGCGACAAGCUCGCGUAAUCGGGCCAUGUUUUCGAACGAUUUUCUUUCAAACAUGUCAGCCAACGUUCCUGGAGAAAGGUGGUAUGAUCAUGUGCCAGAAUCAGCCUGGUUCACAGAGACGUCAGAUUACUGGCAAGACAGAGCUGCAGCCAUUGAGGUUGAAAUUCCACUUCCCGAAUCUCGACAAGGCCUGGAACAAGCAACCCGCAAUCUUGAAGCUUACUUCACAGGUGCCCUGAAACGACGGGCCGUGGAAGUUUCCGAAAAGCGACUUUCUCCUGAAGAUCGACUACGCUUCCAAGAGGCAAAGAGUAUUGAGAUCAAAAAUUACUUGGCAGCUCAAGCUUUUGAGGUGUUGCCUCGUCAUCUUCAACCCUCCAGGGAGAGGGCCAUACAAAUGCGAUGGCUGUUGACGUGGAAAGUUAAAGACGAUGGGAGCACCAAACCAAAAGCUCGCUGCGUUAUCCUGGGUUAUCAAGAUGAAGCGUACGAGCACCGUGCAACUUCGGCACCAGUGAUGACGAAGCAGCCCGACAAGAACAGCAAACCUCGAGCAAUGGUCGUGGGCCACGUCGACGACUUCUUGUUUGCUGGUUCCGAUCAUGAUCAAGGAUUUAAGCUGUCCCAAGAAGCCUAUGCCAUCACCAUCCCAGAGAUCCCUAUCAACAGUAGUCGACG